AUGUCAAAAUCACCAAGAGAAUACAAGCCACUAAUCAGAGGAGACACCAUCCAGCUUAGAAUCAUCAACGGUUUUGAUCUGGAAGCAGCCGAUGCGAAUGGACUGAGUGAUCCAUUUAUUAUAGGAGAAACUGUUGAUCCACAAUUAUUAAAAUUCGAUAAAUUCAAGACGAAAAUAAUGAAAAAGACAUUGUCACCUGUUUGGAAUGAAACUUUUGAUUUGGGGAGUGUAAAGUUGACUUGUGGAAAGAUUUUAGUUAAAUUAACAGUGAUGGAUUGGGAUAGAUUUUCAAAAGAUGAUUUUAUUGGAGAAACAAUUAUCGAAAUUGAUGGAAGUUUGCAAAUCAAUAGAGAAACAAUUAGGGAUUAUCAAUUAGAAAAAGUCAGUACUGGAACUGUCAAAAUUGGAAUUACCGUCACUCGUCCAGAAGACACUGCUCAAAUUUUAUCAAUUGCCCAAAAAAUACUUAGAGAUACAACUCAUUAUCAUGAAUUAUUGUCAAAUCAGAAUUUUAUUUUAUCAUGUACCAUUCCUGGUUGUUUCUCAUCUGCUGAAGUUAAGGCAGAUCGAGUGACAUCUGUCAUUGCAAAAAAUCAUGAAACAUUUUCAUUACAAAUUUACAAUUUAUCAUUAAUGAGCUAUGAUCAGGAAAGAGUAAAGAUGGUUCAUGAGGAGGUUUUUAAAGUAGGAAAGGAUUUGACAGUUAUUGAAAAAGAUUCGGAUAUUACACCAAUUUUUGCAACCUUAUUUGCUGCUCCAAUAUUUGAGAAAGUUCACCUUUCGAUUUUCAAAUACGAAAGGGAUACCAUUGGAAAGACAUUGUAUGUCUAUGCACUGAAACCAAAACAAUUUCACAUGAUGAUUGCUAUGGUUUAUUCAACUUCAGAAUCUCACAUUUCAACUGAGAGAGAAUUGCUAUUACAAUAUGUGGCAACUAAAAUGAAUAUUACUGAAUUACAACACACAACCAAUCAAUAA